AUGCGCGCCAACGCAAUCGUUCAAGAAGGGAGGUCCCUCGUCGCCAAGGAAGUCAGUUUGCCUUCCCUCAAGGAGCAUCAGCUUUAUGUUCGGAUCAGCCAUGCAGCCUUCAAUCCCACAGACCGACUGGCUCUCGAUGUCAACGCAUUUGGCGACGGCGCUGUUUUGGGCUGCGACUUUGCGGGAGAGGUGGUGGAAGCUCACCCCAGCGUGAGCAAGUUCGCUAACGGCAGUAAAAUCGCUGCCUUCAUCUGGGGUGGCGAGAUUCCCGGUCUGGGUGCUUACUCUACACACACUAUAGCGGAUGAAAGACUAUCGUUUCAUAUCCCAGAAAACAUCAGCGCCCCAGAGGCAAGUACAAUUCCUCUUGCGGCCAACACCGCUUGGCUGGCGCUGUUCUCCUCGGACUGCCUAGGCCUUCCGCGAAACUCUUCAAAGGGAGCCUCGGUUCUUAUCUGGGGUGGAAGUUCUGUUGUUGGCUACUUUGCUGUACAGCUUGCCAGGCUACACGGAUAUGAGGUUAUCACCACAUGUAGCCCCCAAAACUUUGACAAGGUCAAAUCAGCCGGUGCUACCCUUGCAUUUGACUAUAACGACAAGGAAGUAAUUUCACGCAUUCGAGAAGCUGUACCGGACCUGGAACAUGUCUUCGACACCAUUGGCAAUGCCUCAUCCUCGGCCGCUGCUUCGAAGGCGCUCAAAGACUCUACAGGCCGCCUAUGCACCGUUCGUCCAGGCAAAGCCAAUACAGAGAGCGUGCCGGCAACAGUUGAUGUCUCCGACGUCUUCGUUUUCACAGCCUUUCCAACCGCGCAUACCUAUCGCGGAAAGGCACACUGGCCAGUAAACAUCCCAAAUCACAAACUGAGCUUAGACCUUCACGAUCAACUUCCGAAGCUUCUUCAUGAGGGAGCUUUGAGACCUCCGAGUGUUAAAAUACUGGGCAGCCUCAGUCCAAAUACAGUCGCACAGGCCAUGGAUCUCAAUAGAGACGGAAAGAUCUCGGCCGAGAAGAUCGUCUUUAAAGUUGAUUAA